AGCCAGCACCAAGGAAUUAUCAGGGAGAGCCAUCGUUCUCGACCCAUAAAGCUCCUCGCAACAUUCCCUGGAAAGCCCAGAUGGGACUCUCUCUGCUCGGCUGCUGGAACGACUGAGGAACAGACGUCCUAGCCAUGGCCCAAGAAUUCUCGGAGGAACUCCGCUCCCAGCUGUUCACUGCAGGAGCAGACAAGAGCCAUCUAAACUGCGGACAAAGAUCUUCCAAUAAAAGGAGAAAUCAGCAAGGAAAUUACUGACCAGGUAUACCCAGGAGUAUGGGCAAUGGGCAUACCAGGGUGAGCUUAAAAUGCUAUACCAGUUAUCAUGAAAUUGAAAGAGGGACAAAAGCAGGUAAGGAUAAAACAAUAUCCUCUAAAGUGGGAGGAUUGGGAAGGUAUUCAGCCCACUAUUAAAAAAUUUUUGGACCAGGGGUUGCUGAAGGAAUGUGAAUCUGCCUUUAAUACCCCUAUCCUUUCAAUGAAGAAACCAGGUGGAUCCCACCGGGUUGUACAGGACCUGAGGGCAAUUAACAAAAUAACCAAGGACCUAUAUCCUUUAGUGGCUAACCCCUAUACCUUGCUUACUACGAUGACCAAUGAAUUAACCUGGUUUACUGUUCUAGAUUUAAAGGAUGCCUUCUUUUGCCUCCCUCUCCACGAGCCUAGCCAGAAAUUAUUUGCCUUUGAAUGGGAAAAUCCCAAAAGCAGCCGUAAAACUCAAUUAACCUGGACGGUGCUGCCUCAAGAAUUCAAGAACAGUCCCAAAAUAUUUGGCAAUCAACUAGACAAAUAUCUUGAAAACUGGGACCUGCCACCUGACAAAGGCAACAUUCUUCAAUCUGUAGUUGACCUGCUUGUUGUCACGGAGACCAGAGAAAGUUGUACAGCCUGGACGGUGAGUCUUUUAAACUAUUUGGGCCUACAGGGGUACCAGGUCUCCCAGAAGAACGCACAGGUAGUACAACAGCAAGUUGUCAUUUGGGCUACGAGAUAAGUGUGGGUGUCCGUACCCUAGGACAAAGCUGAAAGGAAACAAUUUGCCAGACACCACAGCCCAGGACUGUGAAAGAACUACACACCUUUUUGGGCAUGACUAGGUGGUGUAGACUCUGGAUUUACAACUAUGGACUCCUUCUGAAACCUUUGUAUGACCUUAUCAAGGCAUGGACAUGUGAGAAUAGACUGAGAUGGACCCCAGAAGCGAUCAGGGCCUACACAGACUGAUGUCAACACCUGUGCUCAGUCUCCCGGACGUGAGUAAACAUUUCCUUUUAUUCUCGCAUGAGAAGCAGGGAAUUGCUUUGGGAAUCCUAGCCCAGGACCCUGGGCCCUAUUGAAGAGCUGUGGCCUAUUUCUCCAAGCAAAUGGACAAGGCAGCAAAAGGGUAGCCAGGGUGUCUCAGAGCAGUGGCAGCUACUAUCUUGAAUGUCCAGGAGGCUUGCAAGUUCACCUUGGGUCAGAAAAUGACCGUGCUUGUCUCUCACACAGCGUAGGCAGUCUUGGAAGCUAAAGGUGGCCACUGGAUGUCACCACAGAGGUUCCUGAAAUACCAGGCUAUCAUGGUAGAACUAGACAACACAGAGAUAGUGGUGACUAAUAUUGUCAACCCAGCUUCUUUCCUAGAUGGCAACCAAGGGGAGCCUGUGGAACAUGACUGCUCAGAGACUAUUGAAGCAGUGUACUCCAGCUGUCCAGACCUGAAAGACACUCCAUUGGAGGGAGCCCAUGACUGGUUCACAGAUGGAAGCAGUUCUAUCGUAAGCGGCACCCAAUACUCGGGAUAUGCUGUCACAACAACCAACAGAAUUCUGGACUCUGGGCUGCUACCUGCUUCAACUUCGGCUCAGAAAGCAGAAAUAAUCGCCUUAACAAAAGCCCUGGAGAGAGCUAAGGGACUGAAGAUCAACAUAUGGACUGACUCCAAAUAUGCAUUCGGAUUGGUACAUGCUCACGGAGCUAUUUGGAAGGAAAUAGGACUCUUGAACUCUCAAGGGGAAACCAUCAAGCAUGACACAGUAAUUUUGAAACUUCUGGAAGCUGUCCAAUUACUGGAAAGUGUGGCUAUCUUGCAUGUAAAGGCACACCAGAAAAUACGGUUGGCCAUAGGAAGAGGCAAAGAGUUCGCAGACAGAGACACAAAACGAGUGACACGAGCAAAACAGGUAACCGAGGGAGCGCUAAUCCCAGACGGUAAGGUCCUACUGGAGGGAAAACCUCACUAUAAUAAGAAAGACCUUAAACUUAUAGGGGAUUUAGAUGGAGAAUAUAGCCAGGAUGUAUGGGCUGUUACUCCACAUGAAAAAAAAUCAUAGUUCCCUCACACAUGAUAUGGGCAGCAGUCCGAGAGGAACAUAGAAAAGGUCAUUCAGGAGCAGAAGCUCGGUAUAAAUAUUUGAUUGGGAAGAUCAUUGCAAGAAACCUGUAUACAACAGUGCAACAGGUGACACAACGGUGUGAUCUUUGCCUUCAGACUACCCCCAAAGGAGGUCCAAAAUUAGAAAUGAGCCAGAUAGGCAGGGGUAACCUGCCUGGGCAACAAUGGCAAAUUGAUUUCUCAGAAAUCCCAAGAAACGGAGGGUACCAAUAUUUGUUGGUAUUAACUGAUACUUUUUCAGAAUGGCCAGAAGCAUUUCCUUGCAGGACGGCGAAAGCUUGGGAGGUCACCAAAGUCUUGCUACAAGAAAUCAUGCCAAGGUUUGGGGUACCAUCACUAUUGUCCUCAGAUAGGGGACUACACUUUGUACCAAAAAUAGUUCAACAAGUGAGCUUACAACUAGGGAUUGAUUGGCAAUUACAUACCCCCUAUCAGCCUCAAUUGAGUGGUCAGGUAGAGAAAAUGAACCACUUGAUCAAAGAACAGAUUGUGAAAUUGGGGAAAGGAGCAAACUUGGCUUGGCCACAGUCCUUGCCUCUGGCUUUUUUAUGGAACAGAACGAGACCCGGGGCCAAGGAAGGGGUGAGCUCAUUCGAAAUUCUAUAUGGGAGGUCAUAUUCUGUAAAUAUGGGAACAUCAUCACAUACAGGGGAAGAACAAUUGAAUGAGUGCCUCAUGGAGUUGAGCAAACAACUCAGAAAGAUUGAGAAACAUGUAUAUAGUACAAGAGGCAGGGGACUUGAUGGGCCAGUACAUAAGGUAUUGCCUGGCGACUUUGUAUAUAUAAAGUCUCUUGCAGAUAAGACCUUUGAACCACAGUGGGAAGGACCAUUCCAAGUGCUGCUGACCUCCUUCACAGCUAUCAAAAUCAAGGAGCAGAAUGCUUGUAUCCAUCACUCUCGAGUGAAGAAGGCUCCUAAGUCUCAAUGGAGAAUCGUACAAGUGCAACCAGGAAAAUUAUUUUUAUCUCACUCAUAAUAGUAAAAGAAUUUACUACAGGAAAUGAAAAGGGGGGAAUUGAUGUAAGGAAACCAGAUGCCCCCCCCACCUUCAGGAAACGUUGCAUCUGGGGGUUGAGACAUUCCCUUUGUCUGUUAAGAUUGCUUGUUGGGACAUGCCCUUUGUUUGUUCUGACAUGCCUUUUGUUUGUUGGGAUAUGCCCUGUGCUUGUUGGUGUUGCAGUUACCUUAAUAAAACGGUUUGAAUCCUAGAAUAUUAUUUUGAUUUUAGUUUAAAAAUAUG